AUGCGACGUUAUGUAUUUCGUAUUGGCACUUCUCUUACUACGUGUUCAUUAUUUAUUAUAAUAAUUAAUUCGUUUUUUACACCAUACGAUACUUUCUUUUCAUCUACUGACUCUAUUUUUCCUACUACGCAUUCGUUCCAAUUAGAAACAUUGGAAAAGAAACGUCAAUUAACUUCAUCAUUACGAACAUCAAUAUCAUCAUCAACAUCAUUAAAAUCGUCAAUAUCAUUAACAUCAACAUUAAAACUAUCCGUGAAAAAUUUUUCUUCAACACCAGUAAUCAGUGAAACAUAUAUACCGGAUAUAUUUGAUCUAACUCUAUGGCGUCAUGCUAUUAUCGGUGCUCAUGGUAAUCAAACAUUAUGUCGUGUACCUAAACAAUAUCGUCCAAUAGCUAAUGCUGUUUGUCAUGCACUUGGUAGAACAGAUUGUUUUAGAAUUCCGUGUACUCUUGUACAUAUUUCUGAUGAAUUUACACAAAAUAUUGAAUGUCUUCGUGGUGGAAAAUUAGCUGUUCGAGCUAAACCUGAUUGGAUAUGUCGGAAAAGUGCAGCAUUAGAAAUAUUAUCUAAUCCUAAUCGAAAACCAUCUAUUCAAGCUGAAGCUUAUACUCCACUUACAUCUGAAUUAUAUAGUCAAGCUUUAGCACCAUAUCGUGAUAAAGAUUCAAAAUGGGGUUUGACUUUAGAAGGUGAAUCUAUAGGAUAUUAUCCUUCUAUGGUUUUAAAAACACGAUUAUUAUCAUUAUUUGAUAUUACUGUUGGAUAUGAUCGACGAAUUUUUGAUGUUAUUUCGGAUUUAUAUUUAUUGGAUUAUGCAGAUCUUCUUAUAAAUCGAUCGAAACGUUUAACAGUACAACAAGUAUUAAGUCAUAAAGUUCCAGAUCAUGCACCAAUUCUUUGGAUGAAUAGUAAUUGUGAUACUCCAUCAAAUCGUACGGGAUAUAUGCUUGAAUUAAUGCGUUAUAUUCGUGUUGAUGUUCGUGGUAAAUGUGGAAAUCCAAAUUGGGAUAAUUCAUCUUUAACAAAUACUGAUCCGAAAGUAUUAGCGAGAGAUAAAUUAAUUGUAGCUGGUGAAUAUCUUUUUACUGUUGCUAUUGAAAAUACUUUAGAACAUGAUUAUGUUACGGAAAAAUUAUGGCAACCAUUAGCUGCUGGAAGUGUUCCACUUUAUUUAGGUGCACCUAAUAUUGAUGAAUGGUUACCGUGUAAAAAUACUUCAUGUAUUGUUGAUUUAAGAAAAUUUAAAUCACCAGCUGAUCUUGCCAAUUAUCUUCAACCUUUUAUAGAUCAUCGAUAUCGUUAUAUGCAUUUUCAUCAAUGGAGAAGGAAACUCAAAUCAAAGACAAGUUUUGUUAAGAUGAUUGAUUAUUUUAAAGAAUCAAAUCAGUAUACAGUUGAAUGUCUUCUUUGUGAUAUGAUUCAUCGACAAGAUCAGGGAGCGACUAGAGCAAAAUUAUUGGCAAAUGAUAAUCCAUUCAAUAGUCCAUUUCCUUCUUUAAUUUAA